UCUGUUCCUUCCUGGUGCUCUUGUGGCGUAGGCGCCUAGCUGGGCAGCAAGAGUCCGUCCUGCGGUGUUUGGACUUGGGCUCUUAUGCUCUUCUGUCGCCUGUCUCCCUCCGCCCGGGAGUGUGAGGAGCUCUUAGUGCCGUAGUUGUCCACUCGUGGCUAGGCUGAGUGCCAUGAUGCGGGCAGCGAUGCGGCUUUUUUUCUUGAACAAGGGGCUUCUUACUCAUCGCAGAGGACUGGCUCGAGGAUCCCUGUACAAAGUACAUGAACCGUUACACAUACGUGAAGUUCGGAAUAAGCUGCGGGAGAUAGUAGGUGUAUCCACAAACUGGAGAGACCACGUAAAAGCAAUGGAAGAAAGGAAGUUACUUGAUAAUUUUUUGGCUAAGUCGCAGAAAGACCUACCACCGAGGAAAAUGAAGGACAGUUACAUUGAAGUUCUCCUACCAUUAGGUAGUGAUCCUUCACUGCGAGAGAAAUAUUUGACUGUUCAAAACACAGUAAGAUUCGGCAGGAUUCUUGAGGAUCUUGACAGCUUAGGAGUUCUUAUUUGUUACAUGCACACCCAAGAUCAAUCUGUCAAGAUGUCUCCUUUAUCAAUAGUUACAGCCCUGGUGGACAAGAUUGAUAUGUGUAAACAGAGCUUAAGCCCUGAACAGGACAUUAAGUUCACUGGCCAUGUUAGCUGGGUUGGAAAGACAUCCAUGGAAGUGAAGAUGAAAAUGUUCCAGCUGCACAUUGAUAAUGAAUUCUGGCCUGUUUUGGAUGCAACGUUUGUAAUGGUGGCUCGAGAUUCUGAAAAUAAAGGGUAA